CUGGAGAGUGCCGCUGAGACCAGUCAGGAAUCCCGAUAAGAGAAGCUUGAUCUGACCGGCUACUAGGGACUUGCACAAGUACAGGGCAAGCUCAUGCGGACACAACCUCUCCACAGGAAGCUUGCUAGUCACAAAACCUCAGCAAAAAGGCCGAGAAGCACUCGCAGAACUGCAUCGAGAGGUGGUAAGGGAGCUUCCGCGGGACCGUUGAGAGUGAUUGAUGGACCUUGGGUCCACAUUGGCUCUGCUUCGACUCCCACGACACAAAGCAUGGCCGUUGUUGAUCUCUCACCCAGCUUGCACCAAUCGGGGAUCUGGAUGACGAGGCAGGGAUGUGCGGUGCCUGGUGCUUGUCUGCGGGGAGAGGUGCAUUGUCAAGGAAGGGUGUGUAUGCAGAUCGGGCCACGAAGCGGCAGGGGCUGACAGUGCCGGCUGCUGCCAACAGGGGCCUAACUGGCAAGAUCAGGAUGCGGCAUCGAUAUCCGAAGCUCGAAACGGCAACUCUCGCUGAGAAAUAGGGUCUGUUGAGCGUAGGGAGAGUGAGCGUGUGUUGUUGGACCCUGACCAAGUUGAGCGAAAGCGGACAGUGGCGAUAGAAGAUCAC